CGAACGGCUCAGUUUGUAGCUAGACUCGGUCUAGUGCGGUUUGGUUUUUCGGUUUCGCUGUCUGUCUCGAUCAGUUUCGAAAGAUUGUUUGUGAGCGGGAUUGUUUUUUGUGAUGUGUGUGGAUAUUUUUGCGGUUCGCUAAUUACCAAUCGAGACACACUAUUGGCAUUUUCGUUUGCUAGAGUCGGGACUAGAAGUGUGUGAGAGUAGGUUGUGUGGUGAAGAGAAAAAUUGUUAGAAGAAAAAGUAAACCUGUUACUAAAUUGCUUGCGGUGUUUCAGUGUUUUGUGAAGGACACAUUUAAUAGGGCUAUAGAUAAAUACGCGAACCGCGAACCGCAAAAUCCCCGUCGAACAACCAGCUGUGGCCCAUUACAUUACCAUAAUAUAAACAGCUGUCCGCGAGCGGAUCAUCAUGCGCCGAGGCAACGGGUUGGAUCGCUUUUGGAAUGCACUCACGCGCAAAAAACGCAACGAAGACGACGGAAGUGAUUCCCAGCUGGCACGUGUCCUUACGGUGGUAGACCUGGUCGGCCUCGGGGUGGGAAGCACCCUUGGUCUCGGGGUGUACGUGCUGGCCGGAUCGGUGGCCUACGAGCAGGCUGGUCCUGCGGUGGUAAUAUCGUUUCUGGUAGCAGCCGUGGCGUCCGCGAUUGCGGCUCUCUGCUACGCGGAGUUUGCCGCUCGAGUCCCGAAAGCUGGAUCUGCCUACAUCUAUAGCUAUGUCAGUAUCGGCGAGUUUGCUGCCUUCACCAUUGGAUGGAAUUUGAUCUUGGAGUAUGUGAUCGGAACAUCAAGUGUGGCCCGCGGCAUGAGUGGCUACAUAGAUGCCCUGACGGGCAACAAAAUGAGCAACGCGCUUCGGGAGACGAUGGGAAUGAACGUGGAAUUCCUGUCGGAUUAUCCGGACUUCUUUUCCUUCGUCGCGGUUUUGAUCCUGGCGGGAUUGCUGGCGUACGGUGUCAAGGAAUCGACCCUGCUGAACAACAUCUUCACCGGAGUGAAUCUUUGCGUUAUCGCCAUCGUGCUGGUCGCCGGGGGCAUAAACAGUGAUCCCGCAAACUGGAGAAUUCAACCAGAAGACAUUCCGGAGGGUAUCGAAGCUGGAGUGGGAGGUUUCGCACCGUAUGGAUUCGCUGGUAUAAUGGCUGGAGCAGCGAAAUGUUUCUACGGUUUCGUUGGGUUUGACUGCAUAGCCACAACCGGAGAGGAAGCGAAAAACCCUAGCCGUAACAUUCCGCUAGCGAUUGUGAUCUCGUUGAUCAUUAUUUUCCUCGCUUACUUUGGAAUCUCCACUGUGUUGACCAUGGCUCUACCGUACUAUCUGCAGAAUCCGGAAGCACCUUUCCCCCAUCUUUUCGAGCAGUUGGAAUGGCACGAAAUUAAAUGGAUCGUUUCGAUUGGUGCUAUAUUUGCCCUCUGUACUAGUCUUCUCGGUGCCAUGUUUCCACUGCCACGUGUUCUCUAUGCGAUGUCCUCCGACGGUAUCAUUUAUAAAAAGCUCCGAACGGUUCAUCCGAAAACUCAAACUCCUGUUAUGUCUACACUUCUGGCCGGACUGCUGGCAGCAACGAUGGCCUUACUCUUCAACCUUCAACAGUUGAUUGACAUGAUGUCGAUUGGGACGCUUCUGGCUUACACGAUUGUAGCAGUAAGCGUUCUCGUGCUGAGAUACGAGGACCAAACCCUCCUGGAAUCCGCUGAAUACAGUGUAACCAUACCGAAUCUGUUCAAGCAAUUGUUCAACACUUCGAGACAAACGAAUCCCUCGCUAGUAUCGUCCAGUAUUGUUAAAAUAGGUGUCUGUAUAUUCGCAAUCUUAGUUUGCGCAACUUGUGGUAUUUUAGUGUUUGCUACAGACAGUGUAGCAAACCAAUAUCCAGGGGUCAUAGUCGCUCUCAGUAUCUUGGGUGGAAUCAUGCUCCUUUUGAUUAUUAUCACUGCCUGUCAGCCGACCGAUAAAACAGAGCUCACCUUUAAAGUUCCUCUCGUUCCAUUACUGCCAAUGUUGAGUGUGUUCUUCAAUUUAUAUUUGAUGUUCCAACUGGACGCCGGAACGUGGAUACGGUUCAGCAUUUGGCUGGUGAUCGGAUAUUUCAUCUAUUUCACCUACGGCAUCCGUCAUUCGGUUGAAGGGUCACUUGCUAAGCAGCAAUCGUCUCCCAUGGUCAACGGUAAUCAUCGAACGAGCGCGAACGGCAUCGACAACAUUGGGUUCGACGCAAGUCACGAUAGAAUCGUUACGAUGGUUCAAACCGAUCUGCCGCAGAAGGGUUCGAAAAAUUCGUACACACUCAACCAGUAAAAGGGUCCUCGCUGGAACUCUGAAUCCCCGUGAGAUAUUUAGCAAAUAAGUACAAAUACUAAAAGAAAGGCCGUGAGUGCAACGCAAUAAGCUAUACGUUUACUGUCAGAACAACCAUCACAAGGGGCAUUGAAUCUGCUCUCUCGAAUUUUAAAAUGUGCUUUAGAAGAAGGCAUCGUUGCAGAGCUGAUAGGCCACGUUGUUCCAGGUGUUUUAGCUGUAAGACUAAUUCAUAGUAUUAGACCAACGAGAAGGUUUAGUGAUAUUGUAAUGUCUAUGGCAUUUUUUACAAAUGCAGAAACGUAUGGAUUUUAUUAAAACAAACAGGUUCAUCAAGCGUAUUGGUGAAUCAAAGUAAUGCUUGUGAUAGAAGAGUUUAUAAUUAUUUUAAACGGUUGAAACAAAGCAAAAAAUGAGCAACACUAUUUUAACAUAGAAAAAAUGUCACCGACAAAAGAAGGUAAGCUUAUUUUUAUUGCGUAGCUGAUGUACAUAACUGUUAAGCAUUUUGUGUAAAAACGUGUUAUACAUGAUAAAUAUUAACAACACAAUAAAUCAUGA